AACACCGACUCACAACUCACAAGCAUUAUUUGAACGCCAGCACCUUGACCGCCAACGAGUUGGAGGGUUGGCUCGACAAAGUGCGUCAACUGCGUUUAUUUGGAAUCUGACUGGCGUACAAGCUAGCUUCUGGUGUCCAUAAACGAAUGGGAACUUGACUGAAUCUUGUAAUUACUGCGACCUGGCAGCGUGUAGAGCUUCCCAGUCGCGGUCGUCCUAACGGGCGUCAUCUUCGCGAGGCCGCUUAAGGUCUUAUGGUGGCCUGCGGGAAGGGGGCGCUUGCACACGGAGGCUAUUUUGAAACGCUGUGGCGGCUGGCCAUCGACGCUGUACCGCUACCAGGCAACUCCCACAUGCCAUCGGCACGGCGCGAGCCGUGCGUGGCUGCGCGGGCAGCAGUGUGGCCGUGGCCAUAUGCUGAGGCAGGCCCAGCCGCCCCCCCUGCCCAUGCGCCACGCCACGGCAGCACCACUUCUGGGACUGUGCGGUGGCCAAAGCAUUAGGUGGCAGAAAUCAACGCGCACAGUCCGGAGGCUUCACCCAUCAGCCAGGCGCAGCUCUGGCUGGUGAAGGCGCGCGCCACCGGGCUAUCAGCAGUGUGUUUGGGAGAUGUGCUGGUGAUGGCGGCGCUGUCCGCCAUGGGGCAUGGCCGGGUGCGGCUGCGCGGGAUGUCGCGCACUGCGGCGGCCCAAGGAGGUACGGAAGUGGCGGUGGCAGCAGCGAACUCUGGGCCGCGGGCCGCGGCGGCGGAAACAGCGAAGGCGGAUCCUGACCCGGAUGAGGUCCCGCCUACGCAAGCUGACGGCGUCGCUGCCAGGAGUGACCCCCGUCCAGCCGGCGUCCGCUCGCGUGGUCGCGGCGGACUUCUGGUCGCGGCUGCUACGGUUUGCACAGCUGGGCUUUCUCCGCAAGGGCUGGGAGGGCGUGGACUCCACGCACCCAAUCAUUUCGGUGGAAAAUGUAUGGGGAGCUGCUUUGCGCACUGCCGCAAGCAUUGGAGCUGGAGCCGGAGGCUUGAAUGAAGAGGGAACAGCCCUUAUAAGAAGCGGCAAGAGCGCGCAGAGUCCUGACUGAGUUGGUGUUCUAGUGGGGCCCAGCGGGCAGGGGAUGGGGGCUUCGAUGCAGGCUAGCAGAUUUCGGUGGGGUGCGAGGGUGUGCAGGGGCUGUGGGGCUUCAGGGGUGGGUUAGGUGCUGCAGCCCCUCGGGCCUCGUGGCCAAGCAAGACGCGUUUGUGGCUGCCCAUAGACUAAGUAUGCCCUGGCGUCGUGUGCUGUCUGGGUUGAGGUCAUGGUCGUGUGAGGCUGCGAGGGUCGCAGGACUAAGCCCCGCAGCCUGCAGAUGUCAUGUCGUGUGCGUCACGCAUGCGUGUGGCUGGUGUGCUUGUUUUGCGUUAUUUUGUUUGUUUUCUGCCUAGUGCUUGCAUAGAGGGGGAUCAUCCGCUGGGCCCUGCGUCGUUCUGGCCAGGAGUGACCCUGCUGAGGUCACUGGUGUGGUCCAGGGUUGGUGCGUUACUUCCGUGGACUCUAGAGCAGUUCAGAGAAAUGAAAGCUAGUGUGAAUGCAAAUGCAAGACGCCAUCGAGUCAGUUAUGCGGUCUGGGCAGGAGGUGCGCGUGGUGCCGGCAGCGUGUGCCUGGUGCGCCUCGCUGUCGCAGGUUGUCCCAACGCUCCCGAGCACUCGAUCACGAUCCGUA